AUGGCAUUCGCGGCCUCACAGAUCCCAAGGGCUUUGGCAAGAGAAUUUACCCUGCGCAAUGCCUUAUCAACCACGUUUAAACGUCCGAAUAAAUUUAUUACAUUUCAUUCCUUUGCAAGUCAUCGUCAAGUGGUGAUAAAGGCUACCGUCACAACGAACCGUUUCUUUUCUACUGAACAAACUAAUCAAGCUCAUCAAAGCUCCCCCAAAACCAAUGGUACGAAACCUUUGCUCGAGGAGUCAACUAAACCAGAGCAACCUUCGACACAAAAAAAACCUUCAGGAAUACAUGAUUAUUUCACUCAGAAUAAUAAGGAGAGCGGCAAAACAUUACCGGCGUUUCCUAUAGUAUUAAUAUUCACGGCGUCCGCGAUCGCAUUCCUUGGAUUGUACCAGUAUUUUUAUUCAAACGUUAAUAAAUAUCCCGAAGAGAUUCGUAAAAAUCUCAAGAAAGGCUUAUAUUAUCAAAAUUAUAGGAGUGAUCCAACUCGUGCGGUUAAUUUUUAUCAAACUGCACUCACGGAAGCCUUUAAUCAUGCAGAAUUAGACAAUUCAUCACCGGAAGUUACUGGAAUCAUGAUUCAAUUGGGCAGCCUAUACGAAGAGCUUGGACGAGUACGUGAUGCCGUGGAUGUUUAUACAAUGGCGUAUGACGCUAUCGUUACCCCCAAUCGCACUCCCGUAAAAUUGGAUGGGGAGAAAAAACUUAGAUCUAUUGGAUUGGCGCAAAAACUAGGCGAUUUGCAUCAAAAUUUGAAACAGGAUGAGAAGGCAGAAAAAUACUUUGUAUGGUCCGUAGAACAACUUUUGCAGUCACAACACGAAGUGGUCCAAUCCAAUCAUGAUAACAUCAAUCGUGAUGGAUUAUUUUCAAAGGGACGUGACUUGACCCUUCCACCUUGGAUGACAUCGACUGAUCUAGGUGCUUCACUUGAAGCUCUGGCAACUUUCUAUUCAUCGCGACACAAAUACGCCUAUGCUCUCCCACUUUAUCUUCGUGCUUUAUCAUUGAUCAAUCCUCCCGAGUCUUCUUGUCAUUCAGCCGUUCUUAUGAACAAUAUAUCAGAGGUGUUCACCGGCAUGGGUAACCUAGAAGAAGCACAAGGUUGGGCGGAACGAGGUUUAAAGCUUGUUGAAAAUUUUAAACAGAAUAGGAAAAAUACGGAAUGUGAAGAAGCUUGUGGAGUUUUACUAUUUAACUUGGGAAUGAUCUCAGAAUUAACGGGAAAUUUUAUUAAGGCAAGUGAAUAUUACGAAAAGGCUCGUGAAUUUGCAAAGAAGAUUGGCUUUAGAGAUUGUCAAUACCUCUGUAACAACGGGGUCAUAUUACCAACCAGCAUUAUAGAAUCACCUUCACUAAUAUUUGAUUAUCCAUCCUUUCUGAGAGAACUCAAGUUUUCGGAUCUAUAUAAUGGAGUAACUGAAUGGUUCUCCAACGUUAUUGGUAACCUUGACGAACUGCAGACAACUUUCCUAAAGGUUUUAAUCACGGAGCAAUUAUUUAAACUUUUCAUGAGUAAUUGCACGAAUUUUGACCUACUUUCAUUAUCAGAUAUACCUUAUGAAAUAUCUAUGCCCUUGCUACCGUUUUUAUCCGGUAUCGGUACAUGUUUCACUCAAUUAAAGACAUUUCACUGCGUUAGCAAGCACAGAAAUAAGAGUGGGAUCUUUCGAGCAAUCUCUCAGGUAUCAGAAUUCAUUGAAACAUUUGUGAUCGGAGGUGUUGAUUCUGACAUGGAAGUCAAAGCUUUGGGGGUCGUAUUAUCCGAAACUCUCGGCGCGCUUAAAUCGCAAGCGAAAACCUUAACAACGAUCCAAUUCGAGUAUUGUAAUUUCAUGCCUUGUGACUCUAUGGAAGCCUUGGCGGCCUUUGAGAACUUGGAAUACUUGAAGUUUAUUCAUUGCAUAUAUAUAGGUGACAAAAUGAAUUCUUUAACUUUGGCAAAAUUUUCAAAUUUAAAACACCUUGGAUUUUAUACCAAUCAUAUAGAAUCUCCUCGGUAUUGGAUAUGUCCGGACGAUGUCGCGGCAUUGAUCGAAAAUUGCCAUAAUAGUUUAGAGAAAGUUAUGCUACCACGAUCAACUAGCUGUAUAGAAUCUUAUUACAGAUUAGUAAAAGCACUUAGAUUAUGUCGAAAUAUUAAAGAUUUAAAAAUACAAAUGGAAGAAGGAGAUACCAAAGAUCUCUUAGAAAUGCUUAAAGCAUAG